AUGCCAGUAACAGAGCCAGAACUCAAAGCAUACUUGGAUAAGAAAGUUUCAGUUCAGCUAAAUGGAUCAAGAAAGGUCAUUGGUAUAUUACGAGGCUAUGACAUAUUUUUGAAUGUGACAAUUUCAGAUGCUUUGGAAGAGAGGAUAGACGGAGAGAAAUUGAACAUAGGUAUAACGGUCAUUAGAGGUAACUCGAUUGUUUCAUUGGAAGUAUGUAUAUGA